UUGAGUUGAGAGAGAGCAGAAACUUGGUGUUAUAGCAAUGUCAUGCCUUGAUUAAACUAAUCAGAGCCCAAGUGUCAUCUGCGCUGCCGUGUGGCAGUUCUAUUACCAAAAAGAAGCAGCUCGUCACGAAAAUAAUAAGCAAUUGCGGCGGCGGCGACAGCGGCAGCGACAACGACAACACCAACGGCAACGACAACGACAACACCAACGGCAACGACAACAACUUAUCUCAAGUUUCUUGUCCUAGUUUUCUAAUAUUUUGAGUUCAAUUCUAAAAGAAUUGGACUCAAAAAUAUGUCUUCUGAUCUUUAUGUUCUUGAUGCCUCUUUCUACCACCAUUCAACUGCAGAAAUAGUCUCUCCAGAUGGUGGUGAUCUUUUCUUCUCUGACCCUUUUUCUCCUUUUUGUGACUCUUCCAUUGAUAUUCUUCAAGAAUCCUCAAACAACCAAAACAAUCAAUGCCCACUUGAAAACUCUAACUCUGUAGACAGUUUUAGCCCAAGUAUUCUCUCCUCUUCACCUCCAAGUCACCAACUAGAGAAUUUGUCACUUUACCAGACAAACCAUUUGCAGGCUUUAGCAAAUGGUGAAAAUCUGGCCAGUGGGUAUACUAAUUUCCCUGGCUUGGAUGCUUUGGAGGUGAAAACCGAGGAAUGUCAACUGAGUUUUAAGUCCACUUACAAUCAACACUCUUUUAUGCCUCAUAGUUAUAGUAGCGUAGAGAAUGUGGCAACGAUGAUGCAAAGAAGCUACAGUAGCAAUUCUUUUGAAGGCAAGCCUGGCUUUCUCUUUCAACCUCGCUUUGAUACUCUCUUGGAGUCUCCAAAUUAUCAAAGUCAAGCUUUAAGCUCACCUGAAAACAACUUUCUUGCUGGUCAAUUGAGGAGGGUUUACAGCACUGGUGAUUUACAAAAUAUUAAUAGAACAACGCAUGCAACAGAGAUGUCCCUUUCAAGUCCUUUAGCUACAGAGAGCUCGUUUAUAGAAGAAUCAAACUUCAAAGUAGGACGUUAUAGUGCUGAAGAAAGGAAGGAGAGAAUCUCAAAGUAUAGAGCCAAACGUACCCAAAGAAACUUCACCAAGACAAUUAAGUACGCCUGCCGCAAAACACUAGCGGACAACAGGCCACGUAUACGUGGCAGAUUCGCACGAAACGACGAAACUGGCGAGAUUCCCAAGGUUGCAUGCUCUACCAGAGAUGAAGACGAAGAGGAGCUAUGGUUUGAUGGGUUACACGAAGAGGAAGAUGAAGGGGCAAUUAGAGGAUCAUCAGGAGGCUUCGUUAACAGUUUUCUUCAGCCUCAGUUUCAGUACUAUGGUACUUACUGAUUGACAACAAUGAAGCUUUUUGCUUCUGGAGAAACUCUUUUCAGUGCUAGGAUGUUUAAUUAUUAGGACCACACAGCUGUGAGGGAAAAGGUCUUUUUGAACAAAGGAAAGGAAAUUCAAAGUGGCUUUUGAAAAUAAAAUCAUUGUUCGAUUAAUAUAUACACAGGGUGGCUUAAUUUGUCAGUAAAUUUGUGUUUUCUUUUGCCUUUUGUAUAUGAUGGUCAAUAAUCAAUGACUCUAUUUUGACUUUUGCA